AUGGAUCUCUACCCAAGGGGGGGCCACCCUAUUGGGGAAAGGGCCCCUUACGGCUCUCGGCCCCCUGCAAUGCCGAUGCGCCCGCUGUCUUCAGUUGGCUCCGCCGACAUGGGGGGAGGGGCCCCUCCUUCUGCUGCUGAGGGCCCCCAAGGGGAUCCUGCAACCUCUUGGGCCCCAACUCCAGCCCGAGGCGCUGACUACCGUCACCGAGGAUCUUUUGGGGGCCCUGCCUACGGGGCCCCCAUGGGUGGGCCCCCUUCCGUGGGGGCCCCUGGGGGCCCCUUCAACCCUUCUGUGGCCCAUGCGGGCGGCGUCUGGAGCUCCCCCUUUGGACAGGGGGCCCCCCCUCGUUCCGACGCGCCCCCAACUGAGCAGGGGCCCCCUCAGGUGUCGGGAUCAGGGGGCCCCAGCGCUGAGCAGCAGGUGAUGAACAUGGUGCUGCACUCCGUGGCCGACAACUUGACAGUGCAGGCGGAGAAGCACGUGUCCAUGCUGCAGCAGCAGUUUCCGUCGUUUCUGCUGUCGCUGCGGCCGUACUUCAGCGUGAGCCAGAGCUACGUGCGCCUGCGGCUGGGGCAGUUGCUCUUUCCCUUCAGAGCUCUUUUCAUGAAAGAUUCUUCUUCGCGAAUGACAGUUGCGGCUUCUUCGGACAUCAGCAGCGGGGCCUCAGCUCCCUAUACACCUGAACGCGACCUGUACAUACCCCUCAUGGCCCUCACCACUUUCGUUCUUCUCGUCGGCAUCCAAACAGGAACACAAGGAACUUUCUACCCGGAGCUUCUGGGCUCGACCUUUUCUCUUGCACUUUGCCUGCUGCUGGGCGAAGUGGGGCUCCUGAAGCUGGUGCUGUACAUAACGGGGGCUGCUUCUGCUGCAGCAGCGGACUUGCUGUGCUUCUGCGGCUACAAAUAUGUCAAUGUUGCGCUGCUGCUGCUGCUGCGCAUCUUGCUAGACGCGCUGGAAGCCUCGAGAGCCUCCGCAAAUGCUGUUUCUGCAGACGAGUUCUCUUCAGAGGAGCCCGCGGCCGCAGCAGCAGCAGCAAACAGCCGGCCCCUCCUGUUUAUUUGCCUUUUUGUCUACCUUUCGUGCUGUGCUGCAGCAGAACUCUUCGUUUUGCUUAAGCGGUCAGACGCCGCUGGCAAGGAAGCCAGAGCAGCCUACCUGCAGGGAGGCACUGCGCGGGGCUCCUGUGCCUCUUAUGUUAUUGCAAUCACUGCAUGCAUGCAAAUCCCCCUUUGCUGGUUUCUCUUGCCCUGCAAGGUUUUCUCAUCCUAG